AUGAACUUAGGAGACGCAGCUUCCAGCCAGCACGGCGUGAACGAUAGUGCCGGCGAGCCAGAGACUCUACCAAGUGCCGCUUCCACCGCUCCUGUCGCUGCUCACCACGGCGGCGAUAGCAGUCAGAUCACGGCUGCUGGCUCCGGUCCAAGUGUUCAAGCAGGCCCUGAAGCCUCUGUCCAGGUCCAGCCGAAUCUGAACGGAAACGACCCCCGAUGGCGCCUCAGGCAAGCCGUACAUGGAGUCUUUCUUCGCGUCGAUGGAGCCAACUACAUCGAUCCCCCUACCAUUCCUGCCCCCGGACAGUCGCGUCUGUCCGUUGAGUUCCAUCGCAGUUUCUUCGAUGGACACAGAGCCGCUACGAGCCAGCGGCUUCUUGCCACUCCUCUCACUGUCGAUGGGUUGGAAUGGCAGGUGAUUCCACAGGGUGAUAAUGGCGUGCAGUUCAGGCACUGCCAGAGCUGCCGUGAUCAGGAUCUUGAUUGCUCUCAUGGCCGUCCUUGCAUCCCUUGCGACACAUCAGGGAGGUUCUGUAGCAUCAUCAAUCUCUUCUUCGACGCUCCUACAACUCACUUCUUCUACGCCAAUCGAUGGAUGGCAAGGGCCAGCGCUUCUCCGGUCCCCCUCUAUGUGCUGCUGGACGACGUCUUUGGUGUCCAACUGCAAGAGAACGGGGUGCCCGCCGUCGACUGGGAGUUGAUGCCGGCCUCGCAUCAGUCGAUAGGAUCUGUCGCCUUCCAUGAGUCGUUCGAUCAUAUAUUCCCACUCGGCGACCGAUUCAGGGCCAGCAAUGGGGUACAGUGGGCCGUCAUCAACCGCCGGGAGCGAGGAGUCCAGUUCCGGUACUGCAGCUCGAGGGAUCCCGCGAACAUGACACUCGACGAAGCCGCUCCUUGUGCACGCUGCUCAAUCAACAGAAGCUAUUGCACUGUGGUGGAGGUUAUGUUCGACGGUGAAUCGGAUUCUCUGUUCGCCGAGCUUGUAGGACAUCAGCUCCUAUCGACGCCGCAUGCCAAUCCAUAUUGGCCUUACCAAGGACCCACUGAAGAUCAACGACCGCAAGCAGCCCAAUCCCAGAUGCCAGCGCCUGCUGCUCAGAGCUCAAUAUCGGGCCAAGCCACGGUUGUUGCUACUGCUCCGCCAACACCACAACAGCCUCACCAGCCUCAGACCACCACCGCGGUAAACCCCCCGACGGCGGCAGUAGGACAGCUAGCCGCAGCGGCCGGAGGGCGGCAACCACCUCCACCGGGACCUCCCCAAGCUCCUCGACAGGUCCGCGUCCGAUUUAUCACCGUACAAGGAGCGCCAUCAGUCACCUGCAACCCCGUCGCCUGCUUCCUCACAGCCAUGGAGAUCCUGAUUUACUUCCCGGAGUGGCUGCUGUUCGACGAAUGCCUCAUAAGGCUCAUAAACGGUGGAUGGCAGGCCACGGAAAUGGCCCGAGCCAUUGGAUGGGGUCGAGGCUGGGACGCCCGUCAGUGCCGCAGGUACCGCAGCACUAUCGCUCAUCGAAUCCCGAAGGCUGGCGCGAGGGUGUACCAGGUGAACAACUUCGUGCUGAACCAGCACAUCCUCACUCCACGGGCUACUGACUUCGAUCCGACAACCUGGACGGUGGCGUUCGACGGGGUCGAGAAUAACAUGACGGACUACCGGUUGACAGACGUUCUCACUGGGGUUCAGAAUCACCCCACUGGCGCCGACGCUGGAGAGUUGUCUCGUUGCUUGGCGCACCAACAAGCAAACCCCGGUCAGGUCCUGUGGUUGUCUGACAUUCCGCAGCUCUUGCAGGCUAAUCCAACGUGGCGGACGAAUCAAGCGGCUCUGGGAGCGAAUCCUGACAAUGCCGCUUUGGGACGGUGGUUGGUCAACCCGGGCCGCAGUACCGUCACUUAA